GUUUGUGCAGUACUCUGAUGAGGUCUAGUAGGUCAUUGAUUUCGUUGGGAGCACAUACGAACGCGCCACGAGCUCUUUGCACUUCUGGAUGCCCUUCAUAAAGCUCUCUCUAUCCGAUCUCUUGGAAUCUCCAAGCUUCUCGCCCCAUUCUGCCCCAGUACCGGGUCCACCUUUCGGUGAAGCCGAGUUCACCACUGUCGCUCGAUCUGUCAUAUAUCAAAUCUGUUCUGCACUUGCCUACCUGCACGACUCGGUUAACUCCAUCGCUCAUCGCGACGUCAAGCCUCGCAACGUUCUGAUAGCUUCAGACGGGUGUGCAAAGUUAAUCGAUUUCGGGAUUGCACGAGAUACACGAAUCUCGCCUUCGAUGGAGGCUCUCUGGCCUGAACCUUCUGGCUCGCUCUGCCCUCAUGUCUGUUCGGGGUGAGCUCUCU